CCCAGCCCCUUUGUCCAUCGCACUGCCUGCCUGAAGACCUCUUCGUCUUCCUUCGACGAACCGCUUAGCGGAAAACCUUCUGCUGCCACCAUUUUCGCCGCUUGAUCACGAAGCAAGAAACCUGCAGCUGAUUUUCCAUGCCGCCGGAAUACACACCAGGCCAGUUGAGCUUAACCUGGCCAGGAUUCGGUUUAACCCAUCGGAAGAUUCGAGGCCUUGUUCUUCUAAAAUUAAGAGAUGCCAAGUAAUCACUCCAGCACGCUGUCGAAAUAAUUCCAAAUUGAAGCCGCAAACGCACAAUUCAGAAGAAUAUGGUCCUGGGAAACACACUCCUUCCUGCCCCAUGGGCACUGGGUAGGAAAUGCUGUAGUGAAUGAGGCCAACCUCUCAGGAAAAGGCAGUCCCCUGUGCCAAAGCCGCCAUAGGAAAAUUCUAAUCUUUGACACUUGUUUUCCAUUCCAUAUAUGUGUUGUUAAUAAUGUCUUCCCCCCGGCCAUAAGGCAUUGUAAGCUGAUUUUGUAGAAAAUUUACCAUCACUUGUAUGCUUCCAGACCAAAGACUGGGAGCCCCUUACCACCAUGUGCUCAGCUUCUUCAGAAAUGAGGCUGAUCCUUCUCCAAGCUGGAGGGGAGAAUCAUAAACUUUGACCUCCCCUGAGGCUCUCUUACCAUAUUUCAUCCUCAUAAGGUCAGCCCACAUGGUCUGCCCUUGCUGAUAUUCCCACAAAAGUUUCAUAGCUGAUAUUUUUUGAACAUCACCAAUAGACUUUAGACCCACCCCUCACAUUCUUUGGGCUUGCAUAUGUGUUUGAAACUGAUCCAAUGAUGUUUAUCACCAUGAUUGCUACUUCCCCAAAAGAAAUCAGCCACCUUCUUUUUAAUAAUGUUCUGGACAGUCUUGGGAAUAUUUGUGACAGCUAACACAUGUAGGGGAAUAGAAUUAAAAACAUGCCUGAUUAAAAUAAGUCUGCUCCCCCUGAGAGAGCAACUUUUUUCUCCACACUGAUAACUUUUUGUCAAAACUUUCAAUGAGAUCUUUACAGUGUUCCACUCUAGUCAACCCUUUGUGAAUGUAAACUCCCAAAUACAUAAAGGGGAGCUUGGAAACCUUUAUACCUAGUAUGCGUUCUAGCUGGGCUGAUCUGGGAGUUGUAAUGUGCUUUCCUGUAACAAAACAUGAUUUUUCUUUAUUAAUCAGCUGCCCUGAUGCGUUUUGGUAAAUUUCCAAGAAAUCAAUGAACUACAUAUUUUUACACGUGAGUUACAUCACCUUGCUAUUGGAAAAAAAGUUAUUGUUCACGCGUGUUUUAGCUAUUAGAGCACCAUGCUAACCAUGGGCUGCUCCCACGGUAUAAAAACUCUGGAACUACCAUUGUACGAGUACGGAAUACAAAUACUUUUAUACUAAGAACUUUGUAUAUUGAGAAUGAGCUGGGCAUGGAAUCUACUAAAUUACCUUUUAAAUACCUAGGGGUCAAACUCCAUAAAGGGUUUACGAGGUUGAGUCACUGCCAAGAUAUUCUAGAUGCAGUAGAUACUAAAUUAUCAAAUUGGGAGAGCAUGAUGCUGUCUCAGGGAGGUAGAUUAAUGUUAAUCAAGCAUGUGCUAAAUUCUAUACCUAUCCAUGUGGUUGCUACUACAUCUAUUCUUGCAACAGUUAUCAACAUUAUCAACAAGAAAAUUGCAAUUUUUUCUAGGGAUAUAGAGACAAGAAACCAAAGCACCAAUGGGUUAGGUUUAGCAAACUAUGUAAUCUAAUACAGAAAGAGACGUUUGGGCUUUAGGUCCUUAGCUGACAUUCAAAAGGUCUCAGCCAUUAAAUUAUGGUGGGAAUAUCAGCAAGGACAAUCCAUUUGGACUGCAUUGAUGCAAAGCAUGUAUGGUAAUCGCAAUUUAGGGGAGUUAGGGGAGUUUAAGCCUACGGAUUUUCCUACUUGGAGAAGAAUAUGCCUCAUCAAUGAGGAGGCUAAGCAAAUGGUAACUCGGGGACCUAAUACUAUUACUUGGAAGCAUACAAAAGAAGGGAAUUUUACAUCAAAAUCAGCUUAUGAAGCUCUUUGGCCUCAAGUAGGAAAAAGCCUUUCCAUUUCUCAAAUCUGGCACCCAAAGCAGGUACCUAAGAUUUGAAUUUUCCUAUGGAGGUUGUGGAAUGGAUGUCUCCCUUUCCCUGAGCAGUUGGCAGUUUUUCUAACUAUGUUCCCCACUAUAUGUCCGUUUUGUAGAGCUUCAAGAGUUAGUCAGGAUCACAUCCUCUUAACUUGCAGCUGGACUCAAUCCGUGUCGAAUUUCUUCACUCACUCCUUCAUUACAAUAAAACAUAAAUCAAGAAGCAUAAAAUUAGAGCUUAUGAGGUGGUGGAUUAGUAAAAACGGGAAGUCUAUGGAUGCGGUGUACUCGAUGGUCUUACCAGGAGUAUUUGUUUGGUACAUUUGUAAAGCUUAUUGGGAUUCAGUCAGAAACGAUUCAGAGCAGAGAAUGGAGCAUUUGAUAUAAAAAACUAGAAAAUUUAUGUUAGAGUGGUGUCAUGCAAAUCAUAAUCUACAAGGGAGUGAAAGAUUGCAGCGAUUGCGUAUCUUACCUAGUUCGUUUGGAAGGAGGAAGCCUCAAAUUGAAAGAUGGAGAAAACCGGUGGAAGGCUCUCUGAAGUUGAACGUGGCUGUUCAUCGUGGAAAUGGAAGGUCUGCAUCCGGCUUUUUCCUUCAAGAUCAUGCUGGAAAAGUGGUUGCAGCUGAAGGCUUCCUGUUGAGUGGAUCAGGGAUGUUGGAAGAUGAAGUGUUAGAGCGAGCGACUAACUGGGCGUUGGCUCUUCAACUGCCUAAUUCGGAGAUGGAAGCGGAUUUUUUCUAGAAAGAAUGAGUUGAGCUGCGGUAAUGGGGCGACUUUCUUGGUUAUACCAGCCCAUGUAAACCAGGCGGUGAGAUUGGUGGCUAAAAUGGGCCUGGAGGGCAGUUUUAAAUGGCAAGAAGGGAGAAAUAUUCCAAGGCAUUUGAAGGGGUCUAUUGCUUUAUAUGCUUCAUAAUUACCUUAUAUUUUUUAAUCUCUAUGCUUUGCGCUUUUCUUUGAGCUCAUUUUGUUGUGGUUUUGGCUUUUUCCCUCCAUGUAUGCUCUGUUUUGGUUGAUUUAUAAUAUCCGGUAGAUGUUCCCCGACAUCCAUCCCAUUGAUUUUGGUGGUUUACCUACCAGGUUAAAAAAAAUACUUUUAUACUCCUCCAUCCCGAUAAGAUUGUCCCAUCUUUCCUUUUCAGUCCUUC